AUGAACGGCGAGGAGGAAAAAAGGCAGCCCACUAAUAGUUUGGAUGAGAGUAACCCAGAGGGGUAUCACCAUCAUCCGAUGCGAAGACCUAAUGAAGCCCAUUUGAGUGCAUCCGAGAGGGGGCCUCUAAACGUCCCAUGUGAAAAUAGUACAAAACCCGUCCCAACAUAUUACCACCACGAGAAUGACCAGGCGUGCUUGAGGCAAGAAUCGUUGCUUGCUAAAUGGGGGAAUUAUCACCAGGAUUCUUUUGGAGAUGAACAGUCGUGGGGAACUCACCCAAUAGAAGAUACUCAAAAUGAGCACCUCGGGGGGGGAUACCCAUCCAGUAAUAGUGGCAUAGGAGAAUUACCCAAUAGAGAUUCGCAAAAUGGAGCCGUUUUUAACAGCUUCGUGAGGGUCCCCAUGAACGUGGACCAAGUCGGAAUGAGUAGAGUGCUUCCCCAUGGUGGUAGCAUGCACAUGAACAGCUGGAUCUAUCACCCUAGUCAGAGCAACCAACAUAUGGUUCGGGCCGACCAUCACGCUUAUGCAGGCAUGGCUGCGUCUGUUGGUUCUUCCUCCGCUGCUAACUUAUCCGGAGGCUUCCCCACAGGUUACGACCCGCGAACGGUUGGUAGUGCGCACCCGUCCGUGGGAUUCCAUCAGGAGGGUUAUGCGGCCCAGCAGGGGUAUGCCGUCCAGGAGAGUUAUGCCGCCCAGCAGGGGUAUGCGGCCCAGCAGGGGUAUGCGGCCCAGCAGGGGUAUGCCGCCAAGCAGGGAUAUCCCUCCAAGCAGGGGUACCCCCCCCGUGUUGACAACCCAAACGGCGCCCGAGAAAGCUACUGCGCCUUGCCAGGGAACAACCCCUACGCAGCGGAAGCGUUCCCAAAUUAUAGUGACCGACGUAGAGGCAGCUUUGGCCAGUACGGAGGUGGCAGUGGGGGGGAGUAUCCCAUGCGGGAGGCAGUGAACAGGCAGAGGUACCAACCCGGAGGAAGUGGUGUGCUGGGCCCUAAUGGAGAAUUGCAUUAUAGGACCUACGUUGAUGAGAUACCAGCCAGUAAUGAGAACGGCCGAGAAGUAACCGGUUUGGAGAAAAGCCCCCCAGAAGUAGCCAUCCAAGAAGGGGGGGUCAAACCAAAAAGAGAGAAAAAAAUCCAGCUGACGGAGGACACACAGAAGAGUGCCCAUAGGAAUAUACAGAAGCUUUCUAUAUAUAACUCUAGAAUGGAAAUUUUAAAAAUGAUCGAAGAUAAUGACAUCACAUUCAUUCAAGGUGAAACGGGUUCAGGGAAAUCAACAUGUGUGCCCAAGUUCCUGCUGGAACAGAAUCUGAAAGAAGGGAAAGAAAAAAUAAAUAUCAUCGUAACUGAACCGAGAAGAAUCGCUUGCAUUUCUUUGUCAAGGAUUCUUUCAGAAAUUAUGAACGACAAGCUAGGUAACACAGUAGGUUAUAGAAUCGCUGGUGAGGCAGUCUAUGACACCGAGAAAACCCUGGUCACAUACAUAACUAUUGGAUUUCUUUUUAAGUUGUUUCUUCAUCAUCGAAAUAUUUAUAGGAAAUUUACUCAUGUCAUCAUUGAUGAGAUUCACGACCGGAGUAUCCUCCUUGACAUAGUCUUGCUUUUCAUUAAGGUAUACCUGCACAGUAGGAAGAAAAACGAGCAGAUGUUCAAGCUGAUCAUAAUGUCUGCGACCAUGCAGAGUAAUCUGUUCCAUUCGUACUUUGAACAUGAGAGCAUCUCCAUGGGAUCUAUUUUUAUUGGCACCAAGAUUUACAGCAUUGAUACGUUUUAUAUAGAGGACAUAAUUCGAUACGCGCGCGGAGGGGGCGACGGUGAAGGGGGCGACGGUGAAGGGGGUGACGUUGAAGGGGGCGACGGUGAGGGGGGUGACGUUGAAGGGGGCGACGGUGCAGGGGGCAAACGCAGCGAAGUGUCUGUGCAGUCAGGGAGGGACUUACCACUAAGUGGCUCGUUAACCCACCCACCCCGGUGCGAAAAGGUAAUCGAAUUCAUCCUGCGCCAGAAGAACCGCAGGAAGCUGCACCUAUCCAGGGGCGCAGAAGCACUGCUGCAAAGAAUAAAGAACGAAUACGACAAGAGCAUAAACCUGUUCAACUCCAAAAAUCAGAGGAGCGAGUCGAAUAGAGACAUAGAUGUAGAACAAAUAAUACCAGCCAACGUCUUUUCUAACAUCGCGGAGCUGUGUCUCGAGCUAGUGCAUAACUUGUGCCUUCUCGGAGACAGCGUCCUGAUUUUCCUCUCAGGAAUGCAGGACAUAACCGAAAUGUAUCAUCAACUGUGCAUUAUUAUUAACAACAACGCACACAAGCAACACGUCAGAUUCCACAUACAUAUACUUCACAGCUGCCUUUACGACAAUACGAUUCACAAAUUACACGAAAGUGACAGAGAUAGCAUUGACAUUUUUCUCUCGUCUAACAUCGCGGAGAGUUCAAUCACCAUCCCAAAUGUCAGACUAGUCAUCGAUUUCUGUAUACAAAAGAAUAUAGAAUAUAAUUCGGAGAGGAGAGCACACGUAUUAGUAAAGAAAUGGAUUAAUAAGUCUUCAAUGGAACAGAGGAAGGGAAGGUGUGGUAGGACAUGUCAUGGGAUAUGCAUUCGGAUGAUUAGUAAGAAUUUUUUGAAUCUCUUAAGGGAUCACAAAGUUAGCGAGAUUUACACCCAUAGUCUACACUUGCUGUAUCUUUACAUAUUAAAAAGCAUGCCGGUGUUGAGUCAACUGAUAAGGGGACCCCACAAAGGGGAGGGGGUCACGGAGACUCUACCUGAUGGGUCAGCCAACAGAGUGGAUGCAAUUCCCCACAAUAAGCUAAGCAUGUACGAUGUGCUCAGUAUGAUUAUUGAGAAGCCAUCAAGGGAAAAAAUACGAAGCACGAGACAUGAGCUAGAAAAAAUGAAGGCAGUGAUUAAAAUAAAGGACAAGCUAGUCAUAUCUAUAAUUGGACAGAUCAUGAUCCGAUUCAACAUGAGCAUAAAUCUCUGUCGACUGCUCCUCUUCGGUGUCAUAAUGAACGUAACAUUCGAUACGGUAAUUAUAAUCGCCAUCAUCAACACGAAUGAUAUAUUUCCAUCCUUCAAUUUGUAUACUUCGAAGAGUGUAUACUCUUAUGGGGUGUCUUUGGAAGUGUCCCUGAAGCAGAAGCAGUACUUUGAUGGCAGAACGUAUUCUGAACCCAUUAUGCUUCGGAACGUCUUUAUCGAAUGGCUAUGUGUAUUUUCCUUGUACGUCCAGGAUCUAAAAAAUCAAAGCAAGUUUGAGAGGUCGCACUUGAAGGGCUACUAUGUCACCACGUGUACUUUAAUGAGUAAGAAAAAUAACAUAAAUGCGAAGAAGCUGCUCUGUGUGAUAAGCAGCGUUAACAAUCUGUGCAAGCGAUUGUUAAAAAUUCUUAGCAGAGGUAGCAAUGCGUAUAGGUCGGCGGUCUACCUCUUGAAUCUGCUCAAGGGGGAAGUGCCUCCCACGCGUCUGCGCAGCGGAUUGCAACGUAAGGGAGGAGGGGAAGAAGGAGGAGAGGGAGGAGAAGAAGGAGCAGAGGGAGAAGAAGGAGGGGUGGGUGCCCAUCGCGAUGAUCCCACAGAUGAAGCCCUAAAUUGGAAGAACGUCUUCCGCGUCGUCACCAGGUACUCAUGCUACGACCCAUCGAAUGAGAACCUUUAUUUGAAGUUUCUGUUUUCCCUUGCCUUCACCCCCCUGUUUAUCCACGGGUCUCCACUUUUACCUAUCCAAAACGAAACAGAAAAAAAGGCCAAGGGGAAGAAGCUGCUCGCCCUACUAAACUACAUGACUCACCAAAAGUUGAACGUAAAAAAUUGCAUAUACUUUAGGGGGCCCUACUACCACGACCUCAACGUCUUAAGGAAGGCUCUCUUCAUCAUGUGUCCCUAUUUAUCCUUCGAUUUGCUGCAGAUGAAAAAUUUUUACAUUAUUCAUUUUUCGGACAAGGGGGGGGUGAACAAGUACUUGAAUGAGUCUCUUCCCCACCACGGGGUUUCCCCCUCCUCCUGCUCCCCUGCUGUCACCGACGGGGCAGAGUCGCGGUUCAGCCACAUCAGCGGUAGCGGCAACUAUGGAGUGCUACUUGGGCCUGAACUUAGAAAGGUCCUUUCAAACACGACGAAUGCAAAACUGUAUGAAGGGACAGUUGAAAAAAUAAAAAGGGAGCUUCUUCACAUGUACGGAAACGACACAGAGAAAAAUAUUUUUCAAAAUUUUCAUGAAAAUAUCAUUAAAGUGGUACAGCCCGUCCAAGCCAUAGUCCCCGUGCAAGUAAACCAGAAGGACGAGAUUAAUAACGCUUCUCUGUGUACUCACAUUAUUAACGUAUUUUCGAGUGGCCGUACUUGUUUUAAAAUUCCCUUGUGGAAGGGCUUCUCUCAUGGCGGUUUUCAUCAUCGGUCCGGUGCAUCUCGGGUCAGUAACUAUUUCAACCACCAGUAUGAGAUGAAGAAGCCGAAGCAUUUGUUCCUUGUGAAGUGGACCCUGCUGAACACGGAUAAUUACAAGAUUAGCAAACGGGAGAAGGCGGAAAGGGAGGUGCGGCGCGCGGAGCGCCAGGCGCAGAAGCGGGGGCACGGCGGAGCGGCCCAAACGAGGGGACAAGCGACAGGGAAGAACAAGGGCGACCGCGUGGGGUGCACCGAUUGCCAUGCUGAGCAGUGCGAGGAGGAGGAGAAGAAGAAGAAGAAGAAGAAGAAGAAGGAGGCGGGUGAGGAUGGUGCCCCCCCCAAGUGUGCCGACCAGGACGGUGCCAACUCAGAAGAGCCUAAGGGAGAAGCCGCUUUACAUAGCUGCAGCUCCGAUUGCUCCGACCUGAGCAAUAAAGGGAAACAAAAAAAAAUGAAGUGCAACUUGAGUUUCAAGUCCAUCCUUGGCUUUCUAUCCCUGUGCCCAUUUGAUUACGAUGCAGAAAGGAGGAUAUACAAAAGACAGACGCAAGAAAUAUUUGCAGUCUGCUCAAGCAUCGAUUACAGUUGCACCAAUGAUACAUACACGUGGGUCAAUUACGCCACCGUUAUUCCAAACAAAUAUUUUGUAACCUUUUUUCUUUCGUCUCUACCCUACCAUGAUAACGUUAUCCUAAACACCAGAACAAAUUUGAGAGGGGUCGACGUUUUGUCAGUAAAGAUAUUCGAUUCAAAAGAGAUAGUCAUUCUUGACGUGAGGAAGAAGAAAUCCAAGAGGGGUGACUCCACUGCUGUUGAUGGGGAUAAUAGAGGAGUGGCAUCGGAAGCGACCAGCUCAGGCACUGUCUCCCCAAGCUCAUUAUCCAUUAACAAAUACGACUUACUGCGCAUCAAUUAUUUGCGGUACUGCUUUUCCAAUUUUUUAUUUUUUCUCACGUGGGUGUAUAACAACCGGGAUGAGGAGGAGGAGUACCGCAUGGAGGCCACCCCUCUGGGGGGGAAACACACCUCUACGGCAUUGCCGAGACCCCCAAGUGGUCAAGCGAGCACCGAGCAGAUAGCCCAGCCGCGCGCGGAAGGGUCGAAACAGGCGCAGGGGAAGCGGCAAACUGGCAGCACCGGUGACGGUGGCGGUGGUGGCGGCUAUAAUGGCGGUGAUGCUGGUAUUGAUAAUGGCGAUGAUGCAGGAGGGAAGGCGGACCCCGACGGGACAGACGAGGUAAACGAGCCGGAGGAGUAUUUCAGCGAAGACGACGCAGUGAGCGACGUGGAGGAAAAUCGCGUGCUGAGGGAAAGCCCCUACAUCAGUAGAGUUAUACAAAAUUUAAUUGAAGAAAAUAAUCGGGAGGAAAUCAACUACGACCUGUACGCAGUGGGGCGCGAGGGUGGCAGCGGUGAUAGCGGUGAUAGCGGUGAUAGCGGCGAAUGGGGUGAACGCGGUGAAUGGGGCGAACGCGGUGAAUGGGGCGAACGCGGUGAAUGGGGCGAACGCGGUGAAUGGAGUGACAGCGGUGGCGACGGCCCUGCGCUGCCGAGCGGACGGGGAAGGCGAGCACAAUUCAACCCAAGCUUCCUUCGUGCAAGUGAAAAUUUAUUAACCUUGGACGCAGCAUGGAAUGAAGGCAAAGGGGCACAUCUCCUAAAGAUGUAUGACCACCUGCACAGUUACCUAACCUCCCCAAAUGACCCAUCAUUAGCUAACACUUCACCUCGAGAGAAAUUUCAAACAUGCUUAUCCUCUGUGAAGAAGUGCCACGUGAACAAUAACUUCUCUCUUCAGAUUUUGCAGUCCGUGAAUGCAUAUGCGAAGGACUGCACAUCGGAAGAGUUCCUAUUUUUUAAUCCGAUCAAUUUGGGGCCAAUGGAAGACUUGAAUUAUCUCCUGCGGUGCAUGUACUACGAGGAGUGCGCUCCGGAAGGGCAGCCCUGA